AUGGAGGACGGCAAGAACGCGAAUCCGCUCAUCCUCAACCCGUCCGACCUGCCGACGCGAAGACGGCGGGCUUCGGUGGAAAAAAAACUCUCUACGGGGGACGUGAGCUUCGCCUAUCCGGCGCCCUCGUUCAACAAUGACCCUUUUAUGCGAUCGGCGAGUCCGUCGUCCAUUGAAGAGAGCGACAGCGAUGCCGACGAUGAGCCUAUCGACACCCAAGAGAUCUAUGACUUGGUCGCUACCAUGUCGGAUCCGGAACAUCCCAUCACGCUGGGCUCAUUGGCUGUCGUGUCACUGCCCGACAUAUCUAUCGCACCUACCGUACCUAGCCGUCCCAACUCCAGUCUGCAAACUGUCACUGUGUUGAUCACACCUACUAUUCAACAUUGCAGCUUGGCCACGGUGAUAGGGCUGGGAGUCCGUGUGAGGUUGGAGGAGUCGUUGCCGCCCAGAUUCCGGGUGGAUGUGAGGAUCAAGGAGGGCACACACUCGACGGCAGACGAGGUCAAUAAGCAGUUGGCAGACAAGGAAAGGGUAGCAGCAGCGCUGUGGAACCCCACCCUACAAAGUUUUAUCAAGAAGAUGCUGGAGACAUGUGAAUGA